AUUCAGUAAAUUGAACGAACACAGACAAAAACAGGAACGAGAAGAAGAACAAAGAAAGAAUCACCGAAAAUCCUCUUCUCUCUCAAUCCAAUCUCAACCUCUUCCUCUUCCUCAUCAAUCUUCAGAUCCCGCUCUGGUUUUCAUCUGGAUGUUCUUACAUCAAUCGGUUUUGGGGUUGAGGAUCGCGAUCACCCAUUAGGUGGGAGAGCUUGAUUCUGAUGCAAGGUCAAAGGAGGACUGCUGGGUCCUUCCCAGCAAUUGUUAGCAUGAUGCAAGGGCCUGGUUCUAGUGGCACUGAUAUGAAUAACCAGUCUUCCUUGAAUCAUGUGCAAAAUGCAGUAGAUUUCCGGUUGUCAAAUUAUAGGGGGUCUACUGGUGAGACUGCACAUUUACGUGGGACUGGUCCUAAUGUCAGCUUCAGUGGCUGGAAUAAUGGAGAAUCUAGUUCUGGACUGAAUCUUAUCAACCAAGUCAAUGAUGAAGGUCUAAAAUCAGAACAUGGGAUGUCUUCUUUAUGUGGUACAACUGCUGAUAAUGGUCUCAGACCUGAGGAAAGGCAAUUGCAUGUGAAUCAAUCUAGAAUUCACCAUUCCUUUUUGCAGGGUUCCAGCUCUAAUCAUAUAUCCCAGAAUAUUAGUCUCGAUAUGGGGCACAUUCCUAACACUGCUGAUCGUGGGAAGGGCAUAGAAACUUCUAGUGCUGCUCAUGACUGCAAUCCUUGUGAAUUAGGUAGAGAGAAGGCACCAUUUGGCAUUGCUUCAUACAAUCAUAUAGGAGCUUCAUCUGAAAGUCCUGGAUACAUGGCUUGGGGAGAUAGUGCCAGUUCAUGGGGUCCUUCCUGCAAGAGAAAGGCCCUCGAAGGUAGUUCUGGGCAUCUGUGUACUGAAGGAAGCUCAAGCUCUCUUGUGCAAACGGAAAAUGGUUAUUGGCCUACUGAUCCUGUUGAUCUUAAUGCUUCCUGUAGCUUAAGUGAUUCUACACCUUUAGAGGAUUUUUCUGUUAUUAGCCCUCCAUUACAACAGAACACACGAAAUGGGAUGAGGCAAGAAGCUUCCAAUGCAUUUCCUUCCAUGAUAAGUGUUGCGGAAAAUGUGGAAAGGCCUCUAAGAAACUUUGAUAGGAGAAUAACCCGACUACAGCAUCAGGAAUCUGGACCUCUCAAUUUAACAUCAACUGGGAGUGGUAUACUUCAUAAUCAUUCUUCUGCACAUCAAAUACCUGGCUCUCUCUUAUUUAAUGAUUCCUUGGAAUUGAGGUUAACAGCUGGAGCAACUGCUGCUAAUUCUGGUGCUGUUCAGAACCAGACACCUGCCCUGCACAUGCAUCCUACUCCUUGGAAUAGAGCUGCUAAUCCUAGAGCUUCCAGAGCUUCAAGUUCUUAUAGCUCUGGAGAAAGAGCAGUACGGGAAGAUCUUAAUUUAAGAAUCUUUCCAAGAGAUUCUACUGACCACUUCAUGAAUGUGCCUGCAUCUUCAGGACUUGAACCUAUGGGUUGGCAUGCAUCUUCUAGUAAUGUGAACAAUGCUGGAGGUAUCCCUCCUACAUCCUGGACUGGAUCUAGUUUAAAUGUCCAUUCAUUACCUAAUCCCAACUGGACAUUUAACCAUGAUGUCCCGGCGGAAAAUCUGCAGAGAGUGUCAGAGUUGAGUCCUUGGUCCCUUUUUCCAUCAAUUAGCUCUGCACCUGGUACUCAUCACAGCCAUUCUAUUUCUACCCCCUCUACUUCUGGUCCUCCUUCAUCUUCUCAGGGUUCUAGCAACAAUCAACCAUAUCGAAGAACAGCAUUUUCAAUGGAAAGAAGGGGUGGUGAUGUUCUCUCUGGUCCUCAUUCACUGCGAGCAUUAGCCUUUGAUAGUGAGGGGAGACGUCGACUAAUAUCUGAGAUUCGCCAAGUCUUGACUGCAAUGCGGAGGGGUGAGAACUUACGAGCUGAGGAUUAUAUGGUCUUUGACCCUUUCCUAUAUCAUGGCUUAGCUGAAAUGCAUGACCGGCACAGAGAAAUGCGCCUUGAUGUUGAUAACAUGUCUUAUGAGGAACUAUUGGCAUUGGAAGAGCAAAUAGGAGAUGUGAGCACUGGAUUGAGUGAGGAUAACAUUCAUAAGUUAAUGAAACAGCGGCUUUACAUUUCUUUCAUGGCUGAAUCAUCAUCUGAUCCUGAACCUUGCUGUAUCUGUCAGGAGCAAUAUGCUAAUGGAGAGAUUAUUGGUUCACUAGAUUGUGGGCAUGAGUUCCACACUAAGUGCAUCAAGCAAUGGCUUGUUCAGAAGAAUCUGUGCCCCAUUUGCAAAACAACAGCCUUAGCUACAUGAUAAGGAGCAAGUCUAUUAUCUGAACCUUGGAAGAAAAUUUCCUUGCUCUCUUACAUCAUCCUUCUAUCAGUUUGGUCUUUCCCUGGUUCUAUUCAAACUUAUUUUACUUUAUGAACUUCCUUGUUCUCAAUAGGACAGGACCUCUCAUCUGUCAGGAUUGGGAAUGAAAGCAUAACAAAAAAAAAAAAAAAAAAGUAAACAGUAAACAGAAAAAUUGGUGGGUUGAACUACAGUAGAGUAUCAUUUAUACUGUCGUCGUGGACAAAUUACAUUUCAUUUAUGAUGGCUGCAAGCACUUGGAUUUUAUUAAAUUUGAUUAUAAAUUUAAGACUUUUGUUGCUGAGUA